AUGACCACCGUCUACUCCGCUUCAGCCACCGUAACGGAAGGCACGAAAGUUUCCCCCCGGAGGUCGAAUAAUAACGGAAGAAAUGGAAAGCUGCGGGUGAUUUGUAGAUACGGCGGUAACAUAGUAUCUCAGCGCUACGUCGGCGGAGAUACUCGUAUCGUCGCCCUUCCCCACGCCGCGGAGACGAGCUUCGCUACGCUCGUUAGCCACCUUGCGGCUACGCUCGGAGUCUCUUACGACUUCAAGGUGAAGUACCAGCUCCCUGAUCAGGAGCUGGACUCGCUCAUCUCCGUCGCGACGGAUGAGGACGUUCAGAUCAUGAUGGAGGAGCACGGAUAUCUCACGUGCGAGCCGUCAUCGGCUCCGAAAACGCGCAUCAGAUUGUUUCUCUUCCCUUCGAAAACGAGUGAAGGCGGCGGCGCGAGUCAGGGAGGUCUGGCUCGGUGUAAAGCGGUGGCGGAUACUGAUUGGCUUGGAAGAGAAGAGUCCAAGCCUGUGCUGACUCAUCCAAAGACUGAAACGUGGUUCGUAGACGCGUUAAAGAGCGCGGAGAUGAUGCUGACUGGGCGAGAUCAUAGCGGAGAUGUUAACGGACAGGAGUCUAUGACGCAGGAGACCAGUUCAAACUUAGGCUCGACGUCAUCCUCGGCUUCUUCGAGCAAUUUACCUCCGGUGAAAAGGUCCGGCGAGGGCAUUUCUCAGGUCAAAUAUUCUCCCGUAGAAUCAGUGACAAGUUCAAGUGCCGUCACCCAAAUCUCUUCUCACGAACCACCAACACGUCCUCAUGUUUUAGAAAAUAAAUUAUCUUCAAACAUGUACGAGGCUGAGCUAAACAAACCAGUUCCAGUUCAAGUCCCAGUUACCGGGUAUCCACCAUAUCUGAACCAAGCUCAACAACAGCAUACCCAUGUCGUUUACACUGGACAGCCUUACAUUACUGGAACCGCACCUAUGACAUUGCCUGCCACAACAUACCAUCAGACAAACCACCUACAGUAUCAACUCCCGCCACAGCCAUACCCAAUCUAUUACAGUCCAGUUGAUCAGUACAGUUCAAGGCACGUUCAAGCACCCCCUGUGAAACACAACAACGUUUUAAACACCCACCAAGUUGAUUUCCCAAUGGCCCACACCAGCAUCCCUGUAGCCCCAGAGUUUUCCUCACAUUUGUACCCUCCACCCAAACCAGUUGAUCCCUCGGUACAAACAUCAAGUGAAGCUGUCCUUAGAGAUGAUCACAUCUAUAACAUUGACCACCUGGAUGACGAUACAGUUUGUGCUCAGAUUUACAAAACUCAGCCACCAGCUCCCAUAAUACCGUCUCAGUUACAAACCAUGAUGCUGACUGAAGCUCUCGGUAAGCUACGCAUCCACAAUGGUUGA